UCUCAGAAAGGAAAAUUGCCAGAAAAUUCAAACGAAAGGGAAAAAAAAAACGAAUGUCGAUUUCGAGUUGAUUGAGUAAACAUUUUCGCAUCCCGCCGAGUUCUCUCUCUAAAUCUCUUUUUAUCUUUCCAUAACUGGUUUUUACCUCCAAUCAUCAGCUUUCUCAGUCCUCUAUGGCUUUCAAAUAUUUAAUUUGAUUCCCUAAUUUCUUCGAGUUGAAUAGUACGUAGAAAAUUGGUGACCCUGAUGGGUGACGAGAGGAGUAAUGGUGGUGAAUCGUCGAGGGUUCAGCCGACUUGUUUGAGGAAGGGCGACCGACAGCUUUUCUCAGUGGAGCUCCGACCCGGAGAGACUACAUUCGUGUCGUGGAGGAAGCUCGUGAAAGAUGCCAGUAAAGGCUCCGGAUCCGCCGGCGGGACUGAUACGCCGGCCAACGCUCCCAACCUCGAGUCUCUUAUUGCUCCCGCACAAUUAGCUGAAAGCACCGAGAAAGAUGCACCUCAUCCACAUCGUUUUAGUGCGGUCAUUGAGAAGAUUGAACGCCUUUACACAGGCAAGGAUAGUAGUGACGAGGAAGAUCUAAUGGAUAUUCCUGAUGAUGAUCAGUAUGAUACUGAAGACUCUUUUAUUGAUGAUGCUGAAUUGGAUGAAUAUUUUGAAGUUGAUAAUUCUGCAAUAAAGCACGAUGGAUUUUUUGUUAAUCGGGGGAAGUUGGAACGCAUAAAUCAAACUGUUGUAAUACCUCACCAACAACCAAAGAAAAGGCGAAGAAAAGAUUCAACAAAGGCUCUUGGCGAGGAUGGUGAUGGUUGUGUAAACAAUAAACCUGCAAAAGUCAGUAAAGCAGCAGCUGCGAAGUCAGCUCCAUUGCUCAAUAACUCUUAUGCCCCAUCUCAAAAUUUAGCUGUGAAUAGUGGUCACCAUGAGGAAAUGAAGUCUCAAAAUCAAUUGAAUGCAUUUGGGAAUUCUUCCAAGAAGAAAGCUGCUGAUAACAAAAGGAUAUCCGAUCCUUCCCCAUAUUUAAAUGUUCCAAAUGGCGGUGCUUCUGCGUCUUAUGCACAUGCAAAAGAUAUUGAAACGCCAAAAGCUGGAGUUGUACGGACAAAGAAUCCCAGCUCAAAGUUGAAAGAUGCCAGUGGAUCCUCUGAUGCCUCCCAUAAAAAAUACUAUGAGAAAAGUGCUUAUUCACUAUCCAAAAUGCCAUCAGGUAAACCAUUGAACAAUAAUGAGGUGGAGCUAUCUUUCCGACUCGGGGAAAAGAACGGGAUCCGUGAACUGUCUCAUGCUAAUGUUGUGGAGAGUGAAUCUUCCAUGCAAAUAAAGAAAACAUCUCAUGUGCACAAGAAGGAUGGUUCCAGUUUUAGGUCUAAAAGUUCAAUGCUUGAAAAGGCCAUAGGGGAGCUACAGAAGAUUGUUGCAGAAUCAAGACCACCUGCUUUUGAAAAUCAAGAGGUAGAUGCUUCAUCCCAUGCAAUGAAAAGGACUCGACUGUCUAGAGAAAUAAAGCUAAAGCUUGCCAAAGUUGCUAGACUAGCGCAGGCAAGUCAAGGGAAAAUAUCAAAGGAGUUAAUUAAUCGUCUCAUGAGCAUUCUUGGUCACAUAGUACAGCUCAGAACGUUAAAGAGGAACUUAAAAGUAAUGAUCAGCAUGGGUUUGUCAGCAAAGCAGGAGAAAGAUCAUAGAUUUCAGCAUCUAAAGAAGGAAGUUGUUGAGAUGAUAAAAAUGCAUGUCCCAUCUUUAGAGUCCAAGGCACUUGAACGACAAGCUGGAGCUUCAGAUGAUUUCCAAGAAGUUGGUUCAGAGGGAAAGGGAGUCAAUAAAAGGAAAUUUCGCAUGAAUGCUGCAAUGGAGGAAAAGAUUUGUGAUCUUUAUGACCUUUUUAUUGACGGGUUGGAUGACGAAUCUGGUCCACGAAUCAGGAAGCUGUAUUCAGAGUGUGUGAUUCAGCUUGCAGAAUUGUGGCCAAAUGGUUUCAUGGAUAACCAUGGUAUCAAAAGAGCAAUUUGUCGGGCAAAAGAGAGGCGUAGGGCAUUGUACACCCGACAUAAGGAUCAGGAGACGAUAAAGAAGAAAAAUAUGUUGGUCCCGAGACCAGAGGAGGCAGCUAAAGUCGAUACUGGUUCAAUUGCUCAGUCUCAGGGUGUACGUGACAGGUUGGAUACUGAUCAUGAGGUUCAUGUUUCGGCUCUCCCUCACAAGCCUGUUUCCAAUAUAACAACAGCAGCAGUCCAAACUAGUCCUUCCAUGUGUGCUCCUAAUUUGAGCAGGCCAAAAUCUGAGAAGUCGAAGGGAAGUUUAACUCAUUCAAUGGGUGAUGCAAAGAUGCCCGAUGGGGCAUUAGCAAAGAAAAAGGUGAAGAGGAAGCCAGAGCCUGGGUUGGAUGGAACGCAUCCCCAUCCGGAGAAGUUACAUACCCAAUCCGACGAAAGACACAAACCCCUCAAGCUGCCUUCAAUUCUUCCCCAAAAAUCGGACAAAAGACACAAAUCCCUCAAGCUGCCUUCAAUUCUUCCCCCAAAAUCAGUUCUUCCCCAAAAAUCAGUUCUUCCGUUGGCUGCACCUUCAGGCUUGAACAGUCAAGCUGAUCAUGCUGCCUGAAAGAAAAGAUUUACAUCACAAAAGUGACUGUAGCUUUUGAAACUUAGGACAGUUGGAGCUUAAAUUUUAGAUCAGUUGUUUUUCUCAAAACAUUUUUUGUAUCAAUAUUGUUGGAUGUUGUCUUAUGUAUUAGAGUUCUAUCAUAAAUAUAUGUCCAGAUAUUCUGUGGUUAUCUGCC